AGCCUAGGAACUCCUGGACACACAGGGCACGGCCCCUAUUACCUUGCUCUCCAGUUCUUCAGCAUUCACAGGUGAACCCACCAGCAGCCAUUGUCCAUGAUGGAGGCCAUCAAAAAAAAGAUGCAGAUGCUGAAGCUGGACAAGGAGAAUGCUCUGGAUAGGGCAGAACAGGCUGAAGCAGAACAGAAACAGGCUGAAGAAAGAAGUAAACAGCUGGAGGAUGAGCUAGCAGCCAUGCAGAAGAAGCUGAAAGGGACAGAAGAUGAACUAGACAAAUAUUCUGAAGCUUUGAAGGAUGCCCAGGAGAAGCUGGAGCUAGCAGAGAAGAAAGCAGCUGAUGCUGAGGCAGAGGUGGCCUCCCUGAACCGCAGGAUCCAGCUGGUUGAAGAGGAGCUGGACCGGGCACAGGAGCGCCUGGCCACUGCCCUGCAAAAGCUGGAAGAAGCUGAGAAAGCUGCGGAUGAGAGUGAGAGAGGUAUGAAGGUUAUUGAAAACCGGGCCCUAAAAGAUGAAGAAAAGAUGGAACUCCAGGAAAUCCAACUUAAAGAAGCUAAACACAUUGCAGAAGAGGCAGAUAGGAAGUAUGAAGAGGUGGCUCGUAAGUUGGUGAUUAUUGAAGGAGAUUUGGAACGCACAGAGGAACGAGCUGAACUGGCAGAGUCUAAGUGUUCUGAGCUGGAGGAGGAGCUGAAGAAUGUCACCAACAACCUCAAGUCUCUUGAGGCUCAGGCGGAGAAGUACUCUCAAAAAGAAGACAAAUACGAGGAAGAGAUAAAGAUUCUUACUGAUAAACUCAAGGAGGCGGAGACCCGUGCUGAGUUUGCCGAGAGAUCUGUAGCCAAACUGGAAAAGACAAUUGAUGACUUGGAAGAUGAGCUCUAUGCCCAGAAACUGAAGUACAAGGCCAUUAGCGAGGAGCUGGACCACGCCCUCAAUGACAUGACCUCUAUAUAAGCUGAAAUGCACCAAAGAGGAGCACCUCUGUACGCAAAGGAUGCUGGACCAGACACUGCUCGACCUGAACGAGAUGUAGAGCUCCCCAGUCCCGCCCUGCUGCUGCUCUUCCCUUUGACUCUGACACCGCCCAAGGCCAGCCUGCCUGAAGCUGACCUCAAAACUGAGGGCUGAUCUUUAACUGGAAGGCUGCUUUCUCCUUUCUAUGUCCUCUUACCCCCCUGCACCCCAUACCCCUGCCUUGUCUUUUUCAUCAAACUGUCUCCGCCUCUUCCCAGAGAUCCCAGCUGGGCUAGAGACUGAGCACCUUUGGGAACAACAUUUAAGGGAAUGUGAGCACACUGCAAAGUGUCUUUAAAAGCAUGUCAUGAUGUACACAUUUGUUUUUUUGUUUUUUGGUACUGGGAAUCAAACUCAGGACCUUGUGCUUGCCAGGCAGGCGCUUACGCCACUGAGCUAUAUCCCUGGCCAAUGUACACAUUUGUAAUAACAUUUUUUGUUGUAGCAGCCAUUUGUAAAACAUUCCAAAUAUUUCUGCAGCUCCAAAGCAGCAGUCUAAUUGCAUUCUCACUUUGGAAGAUAACUUUUCAGGCUAAUGCACAGUGCUCUCUCCAUUGAGGAGGAAAAGAAGUAUGGGCAUGUCUUACUGAGAGCCAAACAGAGCCCCAGGAAAGACUCCAUUGUGGGAAACCUUACUUCUCUGUACCAAGUACCAGCCAAUCCAGAAAGGUGAUUCCAGGAGCUGGCCAAAGCAAAAGCUGUGCUGCUCAGGUUUUGCGUUUAAAGGUAUCUCUGGACAACUUCAUUUUUUAUUUUUUUACUUUUUUAAAAUCAGAAGUAAGCAAAAUAAAAUGGUGAGACUUCCAAGACUUUUUUUUUUGUUUUUGUUUUGUUUUUUGUGAUACUGGGGAUCGAACCAAGGGAGGGUCUCAUGCAUGUUAGGCAAGACCUCUUCCACUGAACCACAUCCCCAGCUCUGAGACCAAAUUUUUGUCCCAUUUCUACCCCUUUCCGAGCUGCUUACUGAAUGGAUCAUGUGUCCCUCUCUUAAUGCUGAGGUGACCACUUAAUUGUUCUCUUGACUGUUUGAAAGAAAAGGAGUAUGUUUUUGCCACUGAUUCAGCCAUAUGAAAUUCAUCUCACCCUUUUCUGGGUCUGAAGCUGCUGUCUCUAAAAGUGCCAUCUCAUUGUGCUUUUUAUCAGUCAGUGCUGGAGAAACCUUGAAUAGCUUAUAUACAAAACUUAAAAUUUUAUAUUAUUUUGAAAUUUUGCUUCUUUAGGAUUGGAGUACAUGGCUAUCCCAUCUGGCUGUGAAGAGUUCCCUACAGUCUGGGCUGGCAGUGUGCUGAUCUUUAGAAGUUUUUUUUCCCCACCCAAUCCCCACUUUUAGUGAAGUUUCUGUGAUGUUUGUUAGGUGUACAUCCUGCAGCUUAUUGGCUUAAAGUGUAUGCUCCUUUGUUGUGGUCUCUUUGGGACCAAUCAGGAGAAAGAAGAACCAGUAGUGCAACUGUUUUGAUACUGAAUAUUGACAAUUGUCUUUUUGAAAUAAAGAACCAGUCCCUCUAAA